CUCACAGUUGCGUUUUCAACCUGCUACCGACAACAUCGUUCAAAUAGUUCCCCGGGUUCCAUCGUUCUAAGUCACAAGAUACACCCCGCAAUACGCGAACUAAACACAAAGAGUCGCGAUAGCAACAGAGACCCCGCCUGCCAACGGUCGUCGUCUAAAUUGGAUCCAAUUUCGACGAUUUAAUCAAUUUCGUACGUUUGUCGUUGCGUUUUCUUCCUGUUGCCGGUUAGUUCAGUUCGGUUGUUGGUCUCCAGUUUCAUUCGAAGUUUGAUCGCAUAUAUUUUAAGUUAGAAAUAUUUCAUCGAAUCGAAAGAUGUUGCUAUCGAAGCAAUUUGCGUGCAAAACUGCACUAUUGUCCUCAGUGAAAAUCAACACCCAGAUCUCCUUCCUGGGAAAACGUGCAAAUCAAACAGCCGCUUGCGCACAAUUUCGCCAGAUUAUCCAGGACCAGUUGAAUGACAUCCAACAGGCCGGAACGUACAAAAAGGAACGGAUCAUCGUAUCGCCGCAGGCGACAACCAUCAACGUCCAGAAUGUUCAGGGCAAAAUCCUUAACUUUUGCGCCAACAACUACCUCGGUUUGGCUUCGAACCAAGAAGUGAUUGACUUCAGUAAGAAAGCCCUGGACGAAUACGGAGCUGGGCUCAGUUCGGUGCGAUUUAUCUGCGGCACCCAGAACAUUCACAAAGACCUGGAGCAGAAGCUGUCCCAGUUUCAUCAACGCGAGGAUACCAUCUUGUAUGCUUCCUGUUUCGAUGCCAAUGCGGGAAUUUUCGAAGCCGUGCUAACGCCGGAAGAUGCGGUUUUCUCGGAUGAACUGAACCACGCCUCCAUCAUCGAUGGAAUUCGCCUGUGCAAGGCCAAAAAGGCGCGUUAUCUUCAUCGGGAUAUGAAAGAUUUGGAGGAAAAGCUGAAAUCCACGGACGCUCGUCUUAAAAUGAUCGUGACCGACGGCGUUUUCUCGAUGGACGGCAACGUGGCGCCUCUUCCGGAAAUUUUUGCUCUCGCAGACAAAUACAAUGCUCUAACAUUCGUUGACGACUGCCAUGCCACAGGAUUUUUCGGACCAACUGGCCGAGGAACGGAAGAGUUCUACGGAAUGCUUGGCCGAUGCGACAUUAUCAACUCAACGCUGGGUAAAGCCCUGGGAGGAGCAGCCGGUGGUUACACAACCGGACCCAGGGAGCUGAUCGACCUUUUGAGGCAGAAAUCUCGUCCUUACCUGUUUUCCAACUCGCUUCCACCGCCGGUAGUCGCAAGUGCUGCCCAGGUCAUGAACAUGCUCAUGAAAUCGAACAAACUAACGGCAAAGGUUCAGAGUAAUACUAAGAGGUUCCGGGAGGCCAUGACGAAGGCUGGAUUCACUAUCUCCGGAAUGGAUCAUCCAAUUAGUCCGGUGAUGUUGGGUGAUGCCCGGCUUGCAUCGACCUUUGCCGAUGAAAUGCUCAAACGGGGAAUCUACGUCAUCGGGUUCAGUUAUCCGGUGGUACCGAAAGGCAAGGCACGAAUUCGGGUUCAGCUUUCGGCGGCUCACACCGAAGAGGAGAUUGACCGGGCCGUGGCAGCAUUUAUCGAAGUCGGUAAACAGCUGAAUGUGAUUCAAUAAAAACUCAAUUGAAAAGUAAUGAAAUGGU